UCAGAAGUCUUAUGAACAUCUCCCCAGCCUGGAGGGCACACCUCCUUAUUUAAGAGCAAAAUCAGCCUCCUUAAUACAGUAAGAGAAGUGUGUGCUAGAACCACCUGCAGGAACAAAAUAUAUUUUUCAAGGAAUUAAAUUGUUGCCCAAAGUGCAUAUUCGGCAAAGGCAAAGAGAUUUCUGUGAACACCCAAGCAAUCUAACCUCAAAGCAUGUUCCACUGCGGCAGGUCUGGACCCACCCAGCCCCCACACGGGACAGCAGCAGCGAGGACCGUGGUCUGCAAGCCCUCACGCUGUAUGACCCCUUAAAUACCCAACCCCUCGUUCAAGCUUCUCCACACGAGCUGCUGGGGCACCUCAAAUUCCUCAUCUGUACAAUACAGGAGUUUGAAUAACUAACUGGUUUCCUUUGUGGACUGAUUACAUCAGAAAUACCAGAUACAUGAGUCAGAAUCUCUGCUGAGGACCCCAAAAAGGUACAAUGUAUAGAACACUCAACUCUGAAAACAGCAAAUUUGGGAGGUGCUGACAUGAACUGUGAAGUCUCGGAGUGUUAAGAAUACAGGAGUCCAUGUUUUACAUACCUCAGUAAUCAAGAGCCAUUUGUCAUCCCAGAUUUCACUGAGGCUUACUUCCCUCUUAACUAUUUUAAAUCAUUUGCACCCCAUUCCAAACUACAUGGAAAAUUCCAAUGACCUACGCAGGUGUUGGGCGAAUUCCCUGCAGCACAUUUACUCAUUUCCAUCUUUGACAAGAACUUCUUGUUUAGCUAAACCCUUGCUCUUUGUGCUGAACCUUGUGGCUCUUUCUCCACUUCCGCUAUGCUCUCAGUUAUGGGGUUUGCUGAUUUCUCCACAGAAAAUACCUAAUCAGGGAAGCAUGGGAGGAAGGAAGAUGGCAAGAGAUGAAGAGAAUCCUUAUGGUUUCGACGACUACGGGCCCGCCCCGCAGGAACCCAGGCUGAGGCUCAUCCUGGCCGGGAAGACCGGAGCGGGCAAGAGCGCCACGGGCAACAGCAUCCUGGGCCAGCGGCGGUUCCCCUCCAGGCUCGCGUCCAGGUCCGUGACCAGGACCUGCGCGGUGGCCAGCCAGCGGUGGAACGGCUGGCACGUGGACGUCGUGGACACCCCGGACCUUUUCAGCUCCGAGGUGGACCAGACAGACCCGGCGUGCGCCGAGCGAGGCCGCUGCUACCUGCUGUCGGCGCCCGGGCCGCACGCCCUGCUGCUGGUGACCCAGCUGGGCCGCUUCACCGCCCAGGACCAGCAGGCCGUGCGCGCGCUGCGGGAGCUGUUCGGCGACCAGGUGCUGGCGCGCACCGUGCUCGUCUUCACGCGCAGGGAGGACCUGGCGGGCGGCUCGCUGCAGGACUUCCUGCGCGACACGGACAACCGCGCGCUGCGCCAGCUGGUGGCCGCGUGUGACGGCCGCGUGUGCGCCGUGGACAACCGCCCGGCGGGCGAGGAGCGCGAGGCGCAGGCUUGCGAGCUGCUGGCGCUGGUGGAGCGCCUGGUGCGCGCGCACGGGGGCGCCCCCUACACGAACGACGUGUACGGCCUGGCGCGCGCUCUGGGCGCCGCGGGCCCCGAGGAGCGGCUGGGCCGCCUGGUGGCCCGGCUCGCGGCACGCGCGCGGGGCCGGCGGGGGCGCGGGCUGCGGGCGGCGCUGCGCGGGUGGCGGCGCGCGCUGGGGGGCGCUUGGAGGCUGGUGGCGGCCGCGCUGCUGGGGGGCGCCGUGCUGCUCUGGCUGCUGUUCCCCAGGCCGCCGCCCCAGGGCCCCGCGGGGAGUGUGGGUCUUCAGAAUGCUGGGAACCUGGCAAGAAAAAUUGAGCAUUUGGCGCUGAAAGAGGACUAAAACUUAU